AUGGCGAACGCUGGCGGCGGGGCGGUCGGGGAAGGGGAGUGGCUCAUGGUCGCCCAGCUCAGGGCCCUCGUCCAGGCGCAGGACCCACGCGCCAAGAACUACUACCCGGAGCGGCUGGGCAAGGCGCUGAUGAUCAACGUGCCCUACAUCUUCCUCAAGGUGUGGAAGACCAUGAUCUACCCCUUCAUCGACGCCAACACCAGGGACAAGUUCGUGUUCGUGGAGGACAAGAGCCUGCGGGAGACGCUGCGGCGGGAGAUCGACGAGAGCCAGCUCCCGGAGUUCCUCGGCGGGAAGUUGCCCCUCGUCUCCCUCAAGGACUACGCCCAGCAGUCUCAGCCCGUUUGCGAGUGA